AUGGAAUGUACAGAUAUAAAUAAUAAAAAUGUAAACGAAUAUUUGAAGGAUACUGCAAUAAAAAAGCAUGGGGGAAAUAUAAAUAACAUUUCAGAUUUAAAUGAAAAUGAUAAAGAAAAUGAAAUACAUUUAAAUAAAGAAGAAAAUUUAUCUAAGGGUAGAGAUUUAUCUGAAAGGGAAACUAAUGAUGCAAUAUAUAGCGAACAAGGAGAAUAUGAUGUGAAAGGAGCAUCUACUGAAGAAAAUGAAUAUAAAAGACAAAAUAGAAAAAGAAAUUUGAAUUUCGAAAUCACUAAAGAUAAUAAAUGUGAUAAUGAUUCAUAUGAAAAAUAUCCUGGAACGAAAUUGAAGACGAAAAAAACAUGCCCUAAUUUUAUGAAUAAUGACAAUGCGAUAAAACCACUUGAUGAGGAAAAUGGAAAAGAUAUAUGCGACACGCAUAGUGAUGAAAUUUUUUAUGAGAAAGAUGAAGAAAAUAAUAACAAAGGAAAAGACAUAAAAGAAAAAAAUACUACGAAAAUUAUUGACAACAAUGAAAAUAAUAAAGAUAUUAAUGAAAAUAAUAGUACGAAUAUGAAGAAAAAAUAUAUAAGACUUUUAAAAAAUUUGGAAAAUGGUAUAUCGUACAAAAUAAUAGAUAAUGAAAACAAAAAAAGAAUUAAUAAAUGGGGAGAAGGAUUAACUUUACAACAAAAAAUUAAUUUAUUUAUUAAAAAUAAAAUAGCUACAAAAACAGAAUAUAAAUAUGGGAAGAAACCAAAUACAUUAUCUAUAUGUAAUCAGUUUAAUUUACAUAAUCAUUUAACUAUGUUAAACGACUUUAAUAGAUUACAUUAUUACAGAGCUGCAAUGAGAUGGACUGGAUAUAAUGGGGUAAAUGAACAUAAUGGAAAUAUUAUUGAAAAUGAAAAAAAAAAUAAUGAUUUAGUUCCAUGUAACUCCAAUAGUUUAAGUAAAAAAGACAUAAUAAACCCCAUGAAUAAUACAAAUAAUUUAAAUACCAAAGAGAAAGAUUUGUAUAAAUAUGGAAGCAAUGAUAGUGAAAAAAAGAAUCCUUAUAUUUUUUUCGAAAAUAAUAAAGAUUGUUAUGUUUAUAAUAAAAAUAUUAUUGAGAUUGGUACAGGGCCUUUAUCUUUAUUAUCUAUUAAUGCCAUUUUAAAUGGAGCUAAGCAUGUAGAUGCUUUAGAAGUGAAUAAAGAUGCCUCUGAAAUAGCCAAAAAAUUAAUAGAAGGUUACAAUUUAGAAGAUUAUAUAAGAGUUAUAAAUUGUUAUUCUAAGGCUUAUAUAUAUAGAGAAGAAUCUAAUAAUAAAAGAAUAAAAAAAAAAUUUUUUUUUCAUAAUCUUUUUAAAAAUAAUUUAGAUGAACAUUACUGUAAAAAUUUUAAUUAUGAUUUAAUAAUAAGUGAAGUUAUAGGAGAUUUUGCUUCUCAAGAAGGAGUCGCGGAUAUAUAUUUGGAUUUACAUAAGAAAAUAUUUUCCUACAGGAAGUAUCAAGAGUACUUGAUCGAUUGGGAAAGGAGAAAUGAUAAUAGCAAUAAUAAUGAUGGGCAUGAUAAUAAUAACAAAAAGGACAAUUACAGAGAUGAUGUAUAUAGCGACAAUAAUAGUGUGUCUAUAAAUGAUGGAUUCUGCAAAAAUGAAAAAAGAGAUAAUAAAUAUAAUGGAGAAGAGGAAGAAAAUUCUAAUUCUAUAAAAAGGGAUUUAGUAAAAGAGCAAAAAAAAAUAAGCUAUAAAGAUUUUGCAGAUGAUGAUAAUUUAUAUAAAUCAGAAGAAUUCUAUAAUAUGAAUAUUAAAAGUAUUCCAUAUAGUGUUACAACAUAUUAUUGCCCUGUAAAAUUUCCUUAUUAUGAUAAUAUAAUAUAUAAGAGUACAGAUCACCCAGAAAGAACAAUUAUUAGUCCUCAAAAUAAAUUAUUACAAUCAAUUAUGUUAGAAUGGUUUAAUUUAACCUUGAAUGAUAAAGAUAAUGAUGAUAGUUUUGGAAAAUUAGAAUAUAUACAUUUAGAAGAAAAUUUAAUUAAUCAAAUGAUACAAAAAAGAAGUAAAAUAUUUGAGGUAGAUAAAAAUGAAUCAUUUUGUGGAUUUUUAAUUACAAUAGAUGUGGAAAUUAGAAAAGGGGAGCAUUUUGGUACAAAAUAUGGUACUUGUGAUAGUUGGUAUACAAAUAUAGUUUUGUUGAAUGAUGAAAUAAAUCUUAAAAAAAAAGAUUUAAUAAUUAGUAAAACAUAUACCAAUUUAUUAAACUACAAUGAACAUUUUAUUGGCAAAAAAACAAUUCUAGUUUCAAGACCAUCUUAUACUUUUUAUGGGUAUAUUUUACGUUCAAUUGAAAACCCCGAUUCUGACGAUUCACUUUUCGAUUCAUCAGAUUGUAAUAAUUCUAGUUAUGAUACAAAUUCAGAAAAUAAAAACGAUAAUAAAAAUAGUGUAAAUAAUAAUAUGCACGUGGAUGAUGAAACGAUUUUAUUACUGGAUAAUAUGGAUUUUCACAAAAACAAGUUUUCAUUAAAUGUGGAAAAUAAAAUUGAUAAAACAAAAUAUGGCAUGGUAAAAGAUAAUAGUAAUUCAUUUGGUGAUGAACACAAUAAGUUUUCCGAUAAAAAUAAAGGAAACUUCCAAAAAAGUGAAGAAAUACCAAAUCAAAAAAAUCGUUCAAAUGACAAUGGUCGGGAUAAAAGUGCUUACAACAUAUUAGAUAAUUCUUGCACCGAAAGAGACAAAUUAAAUAAGCCUAAUGAAUCUUGUACAAGUGUACAGGAUGAAAAUGAAACGGAUCAAAAUAAUAAGAACAAUACCGAGGGAAAUAUCACAAAAAAAAACUCAAAAAGCUAUAUAAAAAGAAAAAAGAAGAAAGAUGCAAAAAAAGAUGAAAAUAAAUAUAAAAAAUAUUUUGGAAAAAGCCGAGAAGAAUAUGAAAAAGAUAUAUCCGAUAUUACUAACAAUUACGACUUAAAUGUUAAUUUUUAUUCUAAAAAUUUAAAAGAUAAAGUUAUAGUAUAUAAAAAUGCGAAAUAUAAAUUCUUGUCUUUUUAUAAACCGGUAAUUAUUGAUUAUGAUGAGCAAGCAACUGUGAUUUAUAAAAAAGAAGAUAUAUAUAAUGGGAAAGAAAACGAUGUGAAUAAGUUUGUGAAUAACAUAUAUGAGUAA